AACAAUUGCACGCUUCACGUGGAGCAUAUAUAGCCAGCAGUUGUUGCCACUGUCGUUGGCUACUUCAUGUUUGGUAAACCAGGACAUUGCCCAAGGGCACUGUUGCACGGCUACCUUGCCCUACCCCCGUUGUGUGGUACACAACUUUUAACCCAGCAUGAGUUGAUGGAUUCCGGAGUUGGGUUUGAAGCGUUUGAGGAGAUUGUGAGUUAUUCAGAUUUAGAUGAAGACGAACUUGGCAAUGAAUUUGAAGAUAAUGACAUCGAAGAAACGUUUCUCUUGGAAGAAAUUCCCGAAAAGCAUUUUCCGAAAAAGCACGAUUCAGAAAAGGGGGGGAAUUUCUGUCCAUUCGAUAUUCUUCCAGAAGAGCUUAUCAUUAACAUCUUUUCGUUCUUAACUGUUCAAGAAUUAUGCAAAUACGUCUCUGUGGUUUGCAAACUGUGGCUUCAUUAUUCGAAAUGUCCUCUUUUACGGCAGAAACUGUCAUUGGAGAAAAGCAACCGAGUAUUUUCGCUUGAAGAAAUCAGCGAUUUUAUAAAAUCAACGUGUCCACUUCUCAAAGAACUCUGUCUUCAGCCAAGAACUGAACUUUCUUUACACGGCUGUAGCAUUUUGGCUCAAUCGUGUCCUUACUUGCAGGCGCUGUCACUUUCUUUCUGCGAUCAAGUUACUGGACAUAUUCUUGGUCAAUUUGUCACGUUUUGCCCUAACUUGCGUGACAUGAAUUUAGCAGGAUGUGCUGUGACAGAUCAUUGUUUAGAGGGCCUUAACAAGUUGCCAUUAAGGAAGCUAAAUGCUUCCCACUGUACCCAUCUUACAGACAAUGGACUUAAGUUCCUCUCUACAGAGUGUCAUCAACUUUGCUACCUUAACUUUGAUGGUGUUCAGUGGAUUACCCAUGAUGCCAUAGCAGUGUUGGUUGAGAAUUGUUGUGGUCAUCUUGAGCAUUUAUGGUUAGAUGGGGAGAACAUGAUUGACGAUACUGUUGAGCUUAUUGUAAAAUGCCGACACUUAAAAAAUCUCAUUAAAAAGAAAGUAAUUUACUAUAUAAAUUAUCUUUUGUUUUUCAACAGCUGUAGAAAACUACAAAGCAUCGAUAUCUCCUGGUGUUGGGAUGUUACUGAUGUCGGCCUUGAGCAUGUGGUCCACAACUGCACUCAAAUGGUUGAUAUGAAUAUUUGUGGUGCAAAAGACUUGCGUGGAAAACCGAUGAAGGAAAUUCCUCAAUGCAUGCCUAGAUUAAGACGGCUUGAUGCAACACAGUGUAAUCUAGUACCAGAUGAAUUACUGGAUGAACUUGUUUCUAUAAUGCCACAAAUGAUCAUCAUCAAUUAUUAUGGCGAAGAAGUCAUCCCGCCAAAAUGUCUUGCUGGUACCCCCAUUGUUACUCAGGGUGGAUGGUGUAAAUAAUCAUGAUGUAUUUAUAAAUCAAUAAGUGUUACUGAGAAACAAUAUUACCUGAAGUUUUCUCCCAUGAUUUGGUUAUAGCAUUAUUAUGAUGCAAAUAGGGAGUCAGAGACAGAUCUUCUUUCAGUUGAUUUGUUAAAAUUACUAUUAAAUGAUUUUAGUGAAUCUCCAGAUAAUUUUCAACAGACACCACCAGCCAUGCAGGGAUGUACUUAGUGACAACCCUGGCCAUGGGUUAUUUAUGUGCUUAGGGGUGGACCAUUUGACUUUUGAGGGGAAGGGUAGGUUAUUUUGACAAAAAUAUAUAUAUAUCCUGCAAGCAUACUUGUACUAAACAAAAAUUCAUGCACUCAAUCACUGCCGAAAAAAAAAAAAACAUUCACACACUUUUAGUGAACUGAAAACAGCUUGUUACACAGAGAAUUAAAUAUCUUGCAUAUACACAUCCCAAGAAAAAAUUUCCUA